UUGGUGUGCAUCCAUUGUCAUAAGCCCCACCUUACCCCAUCAUCAUAUAUCCCACCAAACUAUUAGUUAUUUGUGCUUCUCUCUCUCUUUCUGUGCUGCGAUUAUGUUAUUUGGGGGUUGUUAUUAGUCUAAAGAAUCGCUGGGAGCUUUUGUCUGGGCGAAAAUGGGCAGGAAGUGCUCACAUUGCGGGAACAUAGGCCAUAAUUCUAGGACUUGCACCACUUACAGAGCUGGACUUAGGCUUUUUGGAGUGCAACUUGACCUUUCUUCUUCUUCUUCUUCUUCUUCUUCUUCCACCUCUCUUUCUCUUGCCAUGAAGAAAAGCUUUAGUAUGGAUUGCUUAUCUUCUUCUCCUUCUCCUUCUUCAUCUUUGUGUUCUUCUCGAGUCUCCAUCGAAGACAAUCCUCCUGUUUCGGAUAGAACUUCCUCCGGCUAUCUCUCCGAUGGUCUUAUCGGCCGAGCCCAGGAAAAAAAGAAAGGAGUUCCAUGGACAGAAGAGGAACACAGAACAUUUCUAAUAGGGCUAGAAAGACUAGGAAAAGGAGAUUGGAGAGGCAUAUCCAGAAACUAUGUGAUUACAAGAACUCCAACUCAAGUUGCAAGUCAUGCUCAGAAAUAUUUUCUUCGCCUUGCUUCUCUCAACAAGAAGAAGCGCCGUUCCAGCCUUUUCGACAUGGUUGGGAGCAGCAAUAUUCAAGGUAGUACUACUUGUAAUUCAGAGCUGAGUGAUCAUCAUCAACCUAUCGUUGAUGCUCAAUAUUUGAAGCAAAGUGCAAGUACCUCCGAUGAAUAUGACACCGUUUUAGGCCUUAAUAACUCUUCUAAUAGUCAUAACCAAGAAUCUGAUGACUAUUCUAAUCAUCAUCGUCAUCAUCAAUUAGUUUCAUGCAACCAUUUCUUGCCUUUCCCAAAACCUUCAAAUGCAGAAGAUGAUGAUAAUGAUCUGGAACUCACUCUUGCAGGUCCAUCUUCUCUUCAACCAAAUAAACCUUCCCCAAGUCCCUUUCUCAUCUCCAUUAGAGCUACCUAGCUAGUAAUUAAUUCAUCUCUCUCUCUCUCUCUCUCUCUCUAUAUAUAUAUAUAUAUAUGUGUGUGUGUAACAUCACUGUUAGUAGUGCUAUUAAUUGAUUUCCGGCGUAGUAAUCAUGUGUUCAUAGAGCUGAAUUAAUAUAUCCUUGAUUAAGUUCUCUUUACAAUUAUUAUUAUUAUUUUUUCAAA